AUGAUGAGUGCCUCUUACUGAAGUCUGACGGACUGUAAAGGACUUGCCUUGUCAAAAGAACUCUGCAGGAUCACACCCGAGGUGCUGCUUUUGGUCUUUCCAAGCUUUCCUCCUCCAUCCCUCGCUCAUUUCUCUUAUCGAGAGGAGGCUCUUGAAGCGCCAGACAAACCUGAAGGCCGUCGGACCCCAAGGGGACACGGUAGCCAGAGGAGACCAUGACGAACCCUUGCACGGUGGCUCUGGAACUCUUUGGGAUGCUGAUCGGGGCAGGAGGCUGGUUCUGUUCACUGGCCGCCACCAUCAUGCCUCAGUGGCUGUCACGUUCAACUGAACUAUUUGCCACAGAGAGCUACGAACAAGGGCUUUGGGAGGUCUGCGUGAUCCAGGAAGUGGCUGGCAUGGAGUGUCGCCCCUAUGACACCAUCCUAGGCCUUGACCCCACGGUGAUGUUGGCACGAAUUCUGAUGUGCAUGUCGAACGCCACUGGGCUCCUCGGGAUUCUCCUCGCCAUCCCUUCCAUGAGUCAGAUCAAGUGCUGUAAGGGCGAGGAGGGACGCAAGACCAAGAGGGGGCUGAAGAUCUCAGCUGCCGUGUUUUUGUGCAUCGCCGGUUUGUUGGUUCUCACACCAAUAUCUUAUGUUGCUCACGAUACAGUAAUGAGAUUCUUCGAUGAGAGUGUGCCUCAUGUGGUGCCGCGCUCUGAGUUUGGGGAUGCGCUGUUCAUAGGCUGGUCUGCAGGACUUCUUUACAUUGUGGCAUCCGUGCUGUUGUUUACCUCUUGCAUUGACUCAGGAAACAAUGAGCCGCGGUUGGUGUAUCACCAUCAGAGGCAGGAUACCAGAACUUUGGAUAGAUCAGGAAAACGCACCGAGUACGUUUGAGAUGACUCUCACUAUCUUAAAAUGCCUGUUAAUAUUUCUUUAAAAACUUCAAAUGUUUUGAACUGACGUUUAUUCAAUCAUAAUAAAGAGUUUGCUCUGGAAAA